UGGCCACCGCAGUGCAACAGCAGCCGACAUAAGCUUCCGGUGUGUGGGAAACUGCCAGACAAGCCUGGGCCGCGCUUAAUUUUCACAAUACAAGACAUAAAUCAUGGGGUACCACACGAUUCUCUUGGUCCAGCGAGACUCGGUUAACAGUAGGAUGUACUACGACCUCCCGUCCACAAGCCAAGCAAUGGAACGCGUGGUAAAAAUGUACGAGGCUCGGUUGAAGGAGGUCAACCCGCGCCAGGUUCACAUCACGUACGAUAUCACCGACCUAUACGGCUUCAUCGACGAACUCGGAGACUUGAGCGCUCUCGUGGCAAACACGGACACGGGGAUGUACACGCCACACGGCAAGGCGUGGAUAAAGGAGUACCUCUUCAAGUACUUCCAGCAGCAGGCCGAAACCUAGGCCACGUGGCAUGGUCCCGUCGGGAGCUUCACCACGCUCUCGGGUAACGCGCCACUCGUUGUUGGAUCUUGUAGAUUAUUCGGCGACUUGUAGACUUUGGGCGAGGCAGGUGUUAGUGUAUGGCACCCCCGGGGAAGAGAGAUUAGUAUUGGCAUUCGCCUAGACCCCCCCCCCCC